UACUGUUGAGUCGUGAGGCAAUGUUGGUGCAAAACGUUAUCGAGACUACCAAGAACAGGGCCAAGGACCAGGUGUCGAGGAUGAUGGAGGUGGUGAAGAUGAUCGGUGAGAUCAUGGAGACGAAGAGUGUUGAGGGGGAGGUGGUGUUGGCUCAGGCACCCACAGGAGCAGCUAUGAUGGUCGCUAAGAUGUCUGAGAUGGCAGCGAAGAAUGGAUUGAAGGUGGGGGUGACCAAGGGUGUCGGAGGCUUCCAGUUGCCUUCAGGGUUUUGCCCCUCCAGUUUCACGGGUCACGUCGGCUGUAACCAUACCUUCUCCCUAACCGCCAUACAGUGGCCUGGAAUGACACACUCUUACUCGGAUUCAUCUAAUCAAUUGUCGAAGAACACGCGGGUGGUGAGCCUUGACUUGUACCUGGAGGGCGAGAAAGUCCAGGUUACCAAUGUUUCUCAGGGCAUCAUAGUUACCGUGCCCAGGACCCUGGAGGAUCUGCCUGGUGAGUGAGUCUGGCGAUCUCUGGCCCCAGGGGUCAAGAUUGUCAACGGUUCAGGUGUUAAAUUCUUUCCUUGAAUGAUGUCUAAUAAGAAAUACAGUACUGUACAUUUAAACAUAUAAUUUAAAUAUUGUUUCAAUGCCACUGUUAGUAAUAUUUGUAACAUAACUUAGUGAGCCAGUUGAAUCUCUGUUUUGGCCAUAAUUUAUCAGCAUUCCAAACAAAAGGAUAAGAUGCGCAUCUAUUAUGACUUUUAAGGUACCAAUGCACAUACGGUACUCCAAACUGUCUCAUCUGUCACCAUUUUCUGCCCGUGUCUCUCUUGUAUGUGUCAGCUUCACUCAAUUCUUUUCCUUGUUCUUCAUAUGCAUCAUAUUCUGAACAUAAUUACUGAACAAAAUCCAGCAAUUGAG